CCAGCAGGGCUGGAACCCAGCACCAGCAGGACCCCAGCAGGGCUGGAACCCACUACCACCAGCAGGACCCCAGCAGGGCUGGAACCCAGCACCAGCAGGACCCCAGCAGGGCUGGAACCCACUACCACCAGCAGGACCCCAGCAGGGCUGGAACCCAGCACCAGCAGGACCCCAGCAGGGCUGGAACCCAGCACCAGCAGGCCCCCAGCGGGGCUGGAACCCAGCACCAGCAGGACCCCAGCAGGGCUGGAACCCACCACCAGCAGGACCCCAGCAGGGCUGGAACCCAGCACCAGCAGGACGCCAACUCCAACCUCCACAGCCACGACACCCACCUGUGACAAGACCACCGCUUUCACGUCUGUGGGGACCAGCACGGCCCUGGCUGCCAGCUCAUUUAGAGUUGAAAUGAGCACGCUGCCUCCCCCCAACUCUACUCUUCUCUCCUCCACUGGGGUGGGCACCACACUUGGCACCAGUCCCCACCAAGGGCCAGCCAUGACCACACUGCUUGGCAGCACAUCCCCAGGGACCAGCACUACCUCUUCUUCCACCACCCCAGGAGUGACAGACACUUCAGAUGGGCCCUUGAAGACCCCAUCAGACACCACAGCCUCCCUUGUUACCACCACAGAGGUCCCUAGGAGCACCCCUGCCCCCAGCCAGCUGGUUGGGACCAUGCCUAGGACCACCCCUGGUACCUCCACCCCACCAGAACCAGAGACCCCCAGUGACACUGCAGAGACCACGGCCAUGGGUGUGACAGCAACCGUGUCCCCAGCUCUCCCUACCUCCUCAACACCUAUGGAGAGCUCAACACUGCUGCCUACCACUGAUUCCACCACCACAGCCACCCUCCUUUCCUCCAGCCCUGAAACAGAGGCCUCCACCUCGGAGGAGUCCAGUACAUCCGCAGAGACUGGCAACACCUCACCUCCCACUGAGCUUCUUCCCACCACAACUACAGAAGAUUCGGCAGAGUCCUCGACAGCGCUGGCAGACGCCACAGCCAGCCCUGUUAUCAGCACAUCAGACCCCAUGAGCACCCCCUCUUCAAGCUACCCAGACACGACCACCCCUGACAUCUUCCCCUCCACUCUGGAGUCGACUGCAGGCACUGAGCCCUCUUCCCCUGCCACCAGCUCAGCCCAGACCUCAGAGACUACUACCCUCAGCACACCUACAGACCUGUCAAUGGUGCCAGUCUGCCCCUCUGGCUCGUCCAACACCAGUGCAUCUCACCUCUUUCUGUCACUGCGGCUAAGCACCCCUCUGGACCUGGGGAACACCACGGUGCAGGAGCUGGUGUUGUCCAAGCUCCGGGAGGACCUGCAGACAGCAUUCCCGUGUGCUGGCCUGUCACUGGCGUGGCGAGGGAAGAGGAGGACUUGACUGCUGCCCCUCACCCAGCCUGCUCCCGCCUGGACUGCCAAGACAGCUGCUCCCAGCUCCUCACUCCAUGGUGGUGCAGGCCCCUGGGAAUCCCAUACAGCUCCUCUUCUACCUGGGGCUUCCUGUCCUUCAAUCUGUGCCCCUCCUGCCCCUUCCCACAGCCUGUCUGAAGAGCCCGAGCCCUCCCACCACCCUGCUCCAGACCUGAUUCCUGUGGUGGGACCCCCUCCAGCUCUGCUGGGGGCUGGGAGAAGGGAACCCCACGGGAUGGGGCUUUUACACCUGGGACUGAGCUGGCUCUGCCAUCAAAGCCACCCUGGGGACAGAGGAAUGAGAGGAAGGAGACCUGAAGCCCCCAGUACUGCUGUGCCCAAGGCUCACCUGUGGUAUUGCUGACAGAGGAGAACACCCGUGCCGGGCAGUAAAAAGAAAUUCCACGUUU